GCGCCAUGGUCCGGGCGCUGUUUGGCUGCUGGUUCCGCGUGGGCGGAGCCCGCCCCGGGGUGGCCAGCCCCGUCAUCCCGGUCGGCCCGAGCAGACUGGGCUGCAGGCCCCCUGCAGUUGUCUAGUUCUGCCGCACCCUGCGUUGCCAGGGCAACUGCCGAAGCUCCGCCCCUCCCUCCCGUGACCACAAGGAGAGGUCCAACGCGGAUGCUCCGCCUGGUGGGAACCUGGGCAAACGCCGCGUUGGAGGCGCGCAUCCGAGGCAGUUUGUGGUCUAGAAGAAAACAGGAGUGCACUCUUCCUUCACUAGGCUCCUGGUUUUCCAACAGCACCAGAAGGGCUGCCACUGCCCAUGCACCGCCAGACCCCGGAGCCUGAGACUGUGAUACAGACCUCCAUGAGCUGGUCCCAGGUAGCCUUGCUGGGCCUGGGCCUGCUGCUCAUGCUACUACUGUAUGUGCAGCUGCCAAGCCCCCCUGAGCAGACUUCCUGGCUCUUGGGAGGCCCCAAUGUCACAGUCCUGGCUGGUCUCACCCCUGGCAACUCCCCCAUCUUUUACCGUGAGGUGCUCCCGCUCCACCAGGCACGCAGGGUGGAGGUGGUGCUGCUCCAUGGAAAGGCCUUUAACUCCCACACAUGGGAGCAGCUGGGCACACUGCAGCUGCUGUCACAGAGGGGCUACCGGGCCAUAGCCCUUGACCUUCCAGGUUUUGGGAACUCAGCACCUUCGAAGGAGGCAAGCACAGAGGCAGGGCGGGCGGAACUGCUGGAACGGGUGCUGCAGGACCUGGAGGUGCAGAAUGCCGUUUUGGUGAGCCCCUCGCUGAGUGGCCACUAUUCCCUGCCCUUCCUAAUGCGAGGCCACCACCAGCUACAUGGAUUUGUGCCCAUCGCACCCACCUCCACCCAGAACUACACACAGGAGCAAUUCUGGGCCGUGAAGACCCCAACCCUCAUCCUGUAUGGGGAGCUGGACCGCAUCCUGGCUCGACAGUCACUACAGCAGCUCCGCCACCUGCCCAACCACUCUGUGGUGAAGCUACAUAAUGCAGGCCAUGCCUGCUACCUCCACAAGCCACGAGACUUCCACCUCAUUCUCCUUGCAUUCCUUGAUCAUCUGCCUUGAACCAACACACUACCUUGGCCCCAAGCCUGGCCUGAGCGUGGAGGGUCUGGACCACUGCCCUCCCUCCACCAGGGAGACAGCCCCUGGGAAUGGAGGGCAGAGGUCAGAGGGCCAGGCCCAGCCAGGACGUCUCAUUUCAUCUCACAGGCACAAUAAAAAAGCAUUUCGUCUUUCC